GGCCGCGGGAGAGGCAGGUGGUCGAACUGCGGUCGGUACUGGAUGGAGACGCCACCUCCUCCCCCUCCACCUGGCCAACCACCAAUGGCUCCUACUCCCUAUCUGCAACCAGGGAAUCCGUUUCUCCCGCCUUUCGGAGCGGCGAUGAAUCCUUACGGAUACUCUAUUCCGCCUAGCUACGUGAAUGCUCAGCCGGUGGCGCAGUGGCAGCUGGCUGGCUCAUCUUCUGCACCGGCUCAAGCCAGGGGACAGUUCAACCAGGGUUAUGGCAGGGGAGUGGGCGGUUUCCAACCACGCGCUUUCUUUACACGAGAACACGCGGACUUCAUUGAGAAGCUGAAACUAAAGGACGCUGUUGAGGAAGCCCAAAAGAAGGAUCUUGAAGAAAUCACAAGACUGAAAGGGUUUGGGAUGGGGUCAGAAAAGAAAAAGGAGCAGCCAAGAGAAAGUGAGAGGAGGGAAAAGAGUAGGAGGUCCGGGAAGGACAUAGGGAAGAAUAGAAGUGUUGAAGAAGGGAAAGAGGAUGAAUUGAAGAAAUGGGUAGCUACGAACUUUGGGGGAUCCUUGAAGAUACUAUCGGAGAAAUUGGAAGAAGUUGACAAAAAGUCGAAACUGAAGGAGGACGAGUUGGAGGAAGUGAGGAUGCUACGAGCAGAGAAAGAACCGAGGGACUUAAGAGAGAAUUCUAGUUCGGAGAAGAGGAAGCGGGAAAUUUCCUCACCAGCACGACCCUUGAAAGGGAAGAGUAGAUCCCGGUUUGUGCUCUUGAGGAGGAAGGGAAAGGAGAAGGAGAAGUCACCGAAGCCAGUAGAAGUGUCAUCGGAUGAAGAUAGGAGCAGGAAUGGAAGAGAUGCAGUGGUGCAAAACCUGAGCGGGAAGUUGGAGAGGUCAAGCGGGGGAUCCAAGGAUAUGGCUGAACUGAAAAGUUUGUUAUUUGAGCUGCUGGCUGAAAAAGGACGUGACGCGAGCAGUAGUAAUGCGGCUGAGGGACAGACUGGGAAACCCGAGACAGAAGAGCUAGGGCGCAGGCAACAAGAAGGAGACGCAGUGGAACCCCCUAAGAAGGUUGAGGGGAUUGGUAAAAAUAUCGAAGGUGAGCAAGAGGAAGGCUCGCUGGGGCUCUAUUUUAAAGACAGGGUUAUUUAUUACGAUGCCAUGCAUUACACAAAGAUACAGGCUCUACGUAAGAAAAAGGGAAUCCCUUACAAACGGAAAGAAGGGGGUGUUUGGGAGCUGGCAAGACUGGACUUUGAAGUUUUGCUGAAAUUGGGUAAGGAGGAGGAGAUAGAGGACGAGAAAGAAGAAGGAAAGAAAAGCGAUGAGGAGGAGAGUGCCGACACCUGUAGUUCGGAGUCGGAAGAGGAGUCGCAAGGGGAUGAUCUCGCGGGAAACUGAGUUUGGCCAGCAAGAGGUCCUUAUUGAGGGUCUGCAGGAGACUA